AUGCUCGUCCGCGCUCUGCUGCUCUGCGCCGCGCUGGCGCUCGGCCACGCAGGUGAGUCCCGCCGCCCGCACCCCGCCGCCCGCACCCCGCCGCCCGCACCCCGCCGCCCGCACCCCGCUCCCCGCUCGCUGCGCCCGCCGCGGACGGCCCGCUUCGCCUGUCCCAACCCGAACUUGAAUCCAUGCUGUUCCAACCCAUGCCAAAACCGAGGUGAAUGCAUGAGUGUAGGAUUUGACAAGUAUAAGUGCGAUUGUACCCGGACAGGAUUCUAUGGUGAAAACUGUUCAACGCCUGAGUUUCUGACAAGAAUAAAGUUACUGCUGAAGCCCACCCCAAACACAGUGCACUACAUUCUUACGCAUUUCAAGGGAGUCUGGAACAUUAUCAAUAACAUUCCUUUCCUGCGAAAUUCAAUCAUGAGCUACGUGUUGAUGUCCAGAUCACAUUUGAUUGAUAGUCCGCCAACUUAUAAUGCACACUAUGACUACAAAAACUGGGAAGCCUUCUCUAAUAUCUCCUACUAUACCAGAUCCCUUCCUCCUGUAGCUGAUGACUGCCCCACUCCAAUGGGUGUGAAAGGAAAGAAGGAGCUUCCUGAUUCCAAAGAGGUUCUGGAAAAGGUUCUCCUGAGAAGGAAGUUCAUCCCUGACCCUCAAGGCACAAACAUGAUGUUUGCCUUCUUCGCCCAGCACUUCACUCAUCAGUUCUUCAAAACAGACCAUAAACGAGGGCCUGCAUUCACCAAGGGACUGGGUCAUGGGGUGGACUUAAGCCACAUUUAUGGUGACACUCUAGAUAGACAACAUAAACUGCGCCUUUUCAAGGAUGGAAAAUUGAAAUAUCAGGUUAUUGAUGGAGAGGUGUACCCACCUACAGUCAGAGACACUCAGGUGGAAAUGAUUUACCCUCCUCACACCCCUGAUCACCUGCGGUUUGCUGUGGGGCAUGAGGUCUUUGGUCUGGUGCCUGGCCUGAUGAUGUACGCCACGAUCUGGCUGCGGGAACACAACAGAGUGUGUGACGUGCUGAGACAGGAACACCCAGAGUGGAAUGAUGAGCGGCUCUUCCAGACCAGCAGGCUCAUUCUGAUAGGAGAGACCAUCAAGAUUGUGAUUGAAGACUAUGUCCAGCACUUGAGUGGUUAUCACUUCAAACUAAAGUUUGACCCAGAGCUGCUCUUCAACAAACAGUUCCAGUACCAGAACCGGAUCGCUGCUGAGUUCAACACCCUUUAUCACUGGCACCCCCUGCUGCCUGACACCUUUCACAUUGAAGACCAGGAGUACAACUUUAAACAGUUUCUCUACAACAACUCCAUACUGGUCGAGCAUGGACUGACCCACUUCAUCGAGUCAUUCACCAAGCAGUCCGCGGGCAGGGUUGCUGGUGGCAGAAAUGUUCCGCUUGCAGUACAAACAGUGGCAAAGGCAUCCAUUGACCAGAGCAGACAGAUGAGAUACCAGUCUCUUAAUGAGUACCGCAAGCGCUUCUCCCUGAAGCCCUAUGAAUCAUUUGAGGAACUUACAGGAGAGAAGGAAAUGGCUGCAGAGCUGGAAGCCCUCUAUGGGGACAUUGAUGCAAUGGAGCUAUAUCCUGCCCUUCUGGUAGAAAAGCCUCGUCCUGACGCUAUCUUCGGGGAGACCAUGGUAGAACUUGGAGCGCCAUUCUCCUUGAAAGGACUUAUGGGUAAUCCCAUAUGUUCUCCUCAAUACUGGAAGCCAAGCACUUUUGGAGGAGAAGUGGGUUUUGAAAUCAUCAACACAGCCUCCAUUCAGUCUCUCAUCUGCAAUAACGUGAAGGACUGUCCCUUUACGGCCUUCAGUGUUCAAGAGCCCCAGCCGGCCAAAGCUGUCACCAUUAAUGCAAGUUCUUCCCACUCCAGGCUAGAUGACAUCAACCCCACAGUGCUACUUAAAAGGCGCUCAACCGAACUGUAA